CUGCCUGUAAUUACUAGUCUGACUGUUACGCUGCUUUUUUUGUGAUACUGAAGCGUAAUAAAGCUAAGUAGGAGUUCCUUGACUGCAGCUCAUAGCAGAAAAACAGCUCACGUUACAGAUUACAAGUGUGUAGGAGUGCAAUGCUUGUCUGAGCAAUGACCUCCUUUAUCUUAGCGCCUCCUUCAUCUUAGUUAAAGUACCUUUAAGUGUUUAUUGAGCCAUAAAUUGAAGUCUAAGACUCUCAUAUUUCUUGGUGUGCUAAAAGAGAAUGGCUGAAAAACUCCAAGCUCUUAAGCAGCGGGUUUGUGUUUGCGUCGACGACUCGAAGGAGAAAUUCCAUCGACUGGGAGACGCAAUAUGGCGCCACCCGGAGCUAGCGUAUGCGGAAAGACAAGCCCACGAUACUCUGGUCCGGUUUUUUACACAGGAGAAAGGAUGGACCGUGGAGGCACGGUAUAAGCUAGAAACAGCUUUUCGGGCUACGUGGGGACCUGCGGGUGGAGCCGAUGGUGAGUCUGUGGUGAAUGUGGGGUUUCUGUGUGAGUACGAUGCUCUGCCCGCUAUAGGUCACGCGUGCGGCCACAACCUGAUAGCGGAGAGCGGAGCUGCAGCAGCAGUGGGCCUGAAGGCGGCGCUGGAGAGCGAGGGGGCGUGGCCUGUCCUAAUUAAGAUAACCGUUCUGGGGACUCCAGCGGAAGAAGAUGGAGGUGGGAAGGCGGACUUGCUGCGAGAAGACGCCUUUGAGGAUAUGGAUGUCGUUUUUAUGGCUCAUCCAUCGCAGGAGGACGCUACCUACAUCCCAGACGUGGCAGAACAUGACCUUGUAGUGAAGUACCACGGACGUGCGUCUCAUGCGUCAGCAUACCCCUGGGAAGGUGUAAACGCUCUUGAUGCAGCCGUCCUGGCCUACAGUAACAUGUCUGUUCUCCGCCAGCAACUCAGACCUGACUGGAGGGUACAUGGUAUAAUAAGGAACGGAGGUGUGAAACCCAACAUCAUCCCCGACUACAGCGAGCUGGAGUUUUACUUACGCACCCCUUCACACAAAGACCUGCCCAACAUCAGGGCCAAAGCUGAGGCCUGCUUUCAAGCAGCUGCCCUGGCUACAGGAUGCAAGGUUGAGCUUCUCUUCGUUAGAAACGAGUUCCAUGAAAUUUUGAGGAACCGCACUUUGGAAGGCCUGUAUGAGGAGAAUGGGACGGCUCUUGGCAUGAAGUUCAUAACUGUUCAGGAUUCUUCUGGGUCUUCAGAUUUCGGCAACGUGACUCACGUGGUUCCAGGGAUUCAGCCUUAUUUCUACAUUGGUUCUGAGGCGCUAAAUCACACUGCAGAAUACACAGCUGCCUCUGGUGCAGAUGAAGCUCAGUUUUACACUCUGCGUACCGCUAAAGCUUUAGCCAUGACUGCACUUGACGUAAUCUUCAUCCCUGGACUGCUCGACAAAGUCAAACAGGAGUUUAAACAGGCCAAGGAGAGAGGACUGAAACAUGGGGAAGCUGCGACCAAAAAAGAAAUAUGAAACAGCCACAGUCUAGACAUCUUAGAAACGUGAUCCCGCUUUUACCCCAUUAGCACUCGUGUCCUUUUUAUACCGUAUCCUGGAGUUGAUUUGAUCCUGCAGGAAAUAGAAAUCAGUGGGUAUAAAACACAGCCCCACUGCACCGCCUCCCCUCCGGUAUUUUGUCGUUUUAAUAAAACCGUAAAAGCACAGUGUGUGUGUCAAGAUUUCAGUUUUAUCAAACACAUUUAGUUCCCAUUUGCCCAUCAGAUACUGAUGUAGGUGAGGUGAGGAGGUCGUUCCAAUUCAUCCCAAAGGUGUUCGAUAGGGUUUGGAGCUCUAUUGCACGCGUCAUGGAAAUCCACCUUUUAAAAUGAAACUAAGCCAGUCCUUUAUUGGAAUUUUUGAGGUCGCUCUGUAUGACCUGAUAUUUCAUCACACAAGGACUUUAUUGGACAUGAUCAUGUUAAAAUUUUUUAUAAAACAAAAGAAAGGAUUAACCAUUCACCAUAUAACAUCCCACUUUCUUCAACCGUAUAUGUACCUGUCCAUCUUCAUCAAUCUGAGAUCUUGCUUGUGCAGAUAUAAAUGUCCACCAUAUGUUCUUCUACUGGUGUUUACAGGUCAGACCAUUACCAGGAGUAGAUACCAUAAAAAUGACAACCAAAGUGAUCUAUAAUUGCUGUAUAUGCUUUCCCCAUACUGUAGGGUUAAACACAGGUCAGGAAGAGUAUCUCCUGAGAAGUAAACAAUCUGAUCUGCAGACCUAAUUUCCUAAUCUGAUGAUCUGACCUGAUCUCCUGACCUGAUCUCCGGACCUAAUUAUCUAAUCUGAUCUCCUGACCUGAUCU